AAACAAUUGGUUUUGAUCAAAAGCCCCAGUGAGGCUAAAGCUGGCACCCCCGGGCUGGAGGCUGUCUCCUGGCUGCGCCUGGACUUACGAAGGAAGAGGGAAACAGAAUCCUUUCGUGGAGAAGGUGUGACCUGGGUGAGAAGCCGAGAUGGGGAAAAAACUGGAUCUUUCCGGGCUCACGGACGAAGAGGCAGAGCACGUGCGGGCAGUGGUUCAGCGGGACUUCGACCUCAGGAGGCGAGAAGAAGAAAGGCUGGAGGGAUUGAAGGGCAUCAUUCAGAAGGAAAGCUCCAAGAGGGAGCUGCUUUCUGACACAGCGCAUUUGAACGAGACGCAUUGUGCCCGCUGCCUGCAGCCCUACAGACUCCUUGUGAACAGCAGAAGGCAGUGUCUGGAGUGCGGCCUCUUCACCUGCAAGAGCUGCAGCCACGUCCACCCAGAGGAGCAGGGCUGGCUCUGCGACACCUGCCACCUGGCCAGAGUCGUGAAGAUCGGCUCCCUGGAGUGGUACUAUGAGCAUGUCAGAGCCCGCUUCAAGAGAUUUGGCAGUGCCAAAGUGAUCCGCUCCCUCUGCGGGCGGCUGCAGGGCGGAGGUGGGCCUGAGCCAAGCCCGGAAGAGAAAAAUAGAGACAGUGAGCAGACAGAUGAGGAUGGAGGAGCGCUGGACGCGGAGACCCGCACCCGGCACCUCAGCAGCAAAAAAAAGCGUCUUCUCUCCUUCCAUGACUUGGACUUUGAGGAGGAUCCGGACCAGUCUAUGCGGCCCUGCAGCCACACACCGGGCCCUGAGGCCACACACAGCCUGCAGCCCCUCACAGGUGAGCCCUGCUUGGAAGAAUGCACCUCCACAGAGGCCGAGGUCCUGAAGGAGGCUGACCCUGGAGCCUCAGGGUACCACCCUCUUCCCGAAGAGCAGCUGCACAGCCCCUUGGCCAACAGCGAGGACGCCCUCACUGAGCUGGGCUGGGCUGGAGCCUUCCACAGAACAACCCUGGAAACUGCUGCGAUGCCUGGGACAGAUGUCAUCAGGAACAAGCAACUCCCCUCGCAGUACCUGGCUGAUGUGGACACCUCUGACGAAGACAACAUCCGGGCUCCCAGAGCAGCCUCCCAGCAUUCCAAGCGGAGGGCCAGGGCUAUUUCUGAGAGUCAGAUCUCUGAGCUGAACAAGCGUGUGUCUGCCGUGGAGCACCUGCUGACCCACCUGGAAAGCACAGUCCUGCCGCCCUCUGCCCAGGGUCCAGCUGUGAGAUCACACACAGAUGCGGACGCAGAGGAGGAAACCCUCAGGAGGAGGCUGGAGGAGUUGACCAGCAACAUCAGUGACCAGGGUGCCUCAUCGGAGGAAGAAGCGACCAGAGAGAAAGAGACUAAGGUGUGCACAGCCGCAAGCCAGGUGGAUUCUCCAAGAAGCCCUCAAGGUCCUGGGGAUGUGCUCCGGGCCAGCAAGAGCACAGAUGAGGAGCUGUCCGAGCUGGAGGACAGAGUGGCCAUGACGGUGUCUGAAGUUCAGCAGGCUGAAAGCGAGGUCUCAGACAUUGAGUCUAGGAUCGCAGCUCUGAGGGCAGCAGGGCUCACGGUGAAGCCCUCGGGAAAACCUCGGAGGAAGUCAAACCUCCCAAUCUUUCUUCCCCGACUUGCUGGGAACCUUGGCAGGAGCAUGAAGGGUCCGAAUGCAGAUCCGGAGGCUGAAGCUGAGGUGGAGGCUGUGCCCUAUCUCCUGAGGAGAAAGUACUCCCCUAGCAGACAAGGCAAAGAUGGUGGUUCUUUUGAUCGGAAGUCGGUAUACCGUGGUUCCUUGACACAGAGGAACCCCAAUGGAAGGAAGGGAAUGGCCAGCCAGAUCUUCGCGAAACCUGUCAUGUCUCAACAGCCCUGAAGAGGGAGGCUCGUGGGCACAGGACAGUACGGCAGUGCGAGCCACAUUCCUCCUCUCAGCCCUGGCAUCCUCGCGGCCUCCUUGUGCCCACUGCCCACAAUCACCGUCCCAGCAACAAGCAAGAAGAAACCUCUAUCCGUGUGACACCGCCCACAGGACAGAGGUUCUCAGCCCUCAGCUGCUCAUGCAGGUCACUGCUGGACCCAGGGCUCUGCCAGCUUCUGCUGGGAGACACAGCCGGGCUGGCCUGGCUUUCCUCACCAGUGACGCUCUUUCCACCGCUGAAGGUCGCACAGGAACGCGAGCUCCCAACCCUCGUGCUGAGCUUUGCUGAGCUGGUUCACGAAUGGGGCGGAGAGGGCAGCUCAGGGAGAGCUGCAGCCCCGGGCUUAGUCCUGGCAGCCCUGGAGCAAGGCCAGUGUGGCGUGUCUGCGAGCGGGACAGAAACUGGGCGCCUGGACAGGUGGUGACAACAGGCCGCUGGAUGUGGGGGGAUACAGAACCCACCCCUUCCCACAGACCAUUCUGCAGCUCCCCCUUCCACAAAGGCAGGAGCAGUGCUGCUCUGCUGCCUCUAGGUCCCCUCCCAGAGGCUCCACCACCUCCCUGCAUCGCCACCCUGAGAGCGCGCCUUCACCACCCACACCUUCGGAGAGCCUGUCCAAGGCAGGGCACAGGGACUUCGCUGUGUAGAUGGCGCCAACUUCGAGACCAGCUGUCAAACUCACAAAGACCAGUGCUUUGGACUUUGUCAGGAACCUGGUUCUUUGAAGCCAUCUGAAUCCAGUCUUCCCACGACUGAGGAGUCCUCUCCCACAGCCAUCCCCACUCCAGCUGAGCCAAGUUCCCACACCCCGACUCUGUGACACUUCUCUCCACGGCCACACCUCAUUGUUCCAGAACCCGGCAGACAGGAUGAAGUCCUCUGCCACCCAACAAGGGUGUGUUGCCCUAGGGUGCCUCAGUGCCACGGCGCCUUUGCACUCAGUCCCGCUGCUCCCCCACUUCAUUUCGUGGGCUUGGAGACCACAGCCCUCCGAGGGCAUGAGCCUGGCAGUGCCCGCCUCUUGCAAACUGUGUGCCACAGAGAGGAAUGGACCCAGAGCAGGGACUACAGCCCAGACACUAGCCCAGCUCUCGCGUCUGCUUUAGAGACAGGCAUGUGUCUGUGCGCAUAUCCUCAUGCUUGUAUCGGCAUGCAUGCCAUGUUGCACACACACACACACACACACACACACACACACAUACACACACCUAAGUUUUGUCAGGAGAAUGAGGUGCAGCCCACAGAUUGUUCAGCAAGGAGAGAGCCUGCAGAGGGGUUGGAAACAAACACUUCCUCCACACAUCUUGUACACUGCUCUAAGAGCCUCCUGGACGCCUGCCUUCUCCUUAGGUCCCCACUCUUCCUAUUUCUGUCCCCUUUCCACCUUCUCCUUCUCUCCUUACACCCUUCUGGGGACUGUUCACAGCCUCACAUCACCUGUCUAUACCUCAUUCAAGGCCAUAGCUGAGACCUCAGCAAAGAACCCCUCAUCUAUAGUCAUCCUUGAGCCCCCAAGUACUUCUUUCAGUCCUUUGUCCCCAAAGCACUUACUUCAAAACACCACGCGAUCAACCCUAAAACACUCACCCCAUGAAAAAGCAAAGCUGAGCCACAAGUGCUUGCUCCCCGUGCCCAGAGACGCAUGGCUCUGUGGCGCACUGCAAUACCAGCAGAGCCAGAGCCUGGCCUUGCCUCCUGCCAUCUUCCCUUGAAACAUUCCAGCUGCCCGUCAGUCAUCAAUGGAUGUCACCAGUCCUGAGAGGAGGAGACGCUGGGCUGAGCUGCCUCUCUCCCCACCUGACAGGGGAAGUGGUGGCUGCAAAGCUUUCCCGAGAAGUCCAGCGGAGGCCAGGGAACAGCACAACAGCGGCUGUGGGCACGCAAGCGACCACUGGCUCCUCCAGCUCUUCUCACCCACAGAUCCCUCAAGACAAUGACCCUGACGACACUCACAUGAUGGUUCACAUAACCGGUCACUGUCCGUGAUGUGAUGAUUUAGGUAGGUCCAGCCUAUGUGGUAGAUGCUGGACACUAAUUUUAAAUUUGAGGAUAUGGUGGAGAAAAGAAGGCAACUCAACAUGUAUAAGCAGGAAAAAGCAUAACCAACAGCUUUGGAGAACUUACUAGAAGGAAGUGCAUUCAACGUGAAAAUGGACUUGUGACAUGCUCUGUGCUUUGUCUUCUAUGUUUGUAGGCAUUAAAUUUUUCUCAGUGUACAUGAAUUGCUUUUAUAAUAAAAUAGACUUGGGGCUGGAGAGGCGGCUCAGUGGUUAAAGUCACUUGCUUACAAAGCCUAUGGCCCAGGUUUG